AGCUGGACUGGCCAUUAUGGAGGACGACCUGCAGCAUUCACACUGUGUGAAUUGUGUCAGUAGACGAUGUAUGACCAGACCAGAGCCUGGCAUUUCCUGUGACUUGAUUGGUUGUCCAUUGGUUUGUGGAGCAGUUUUCCAUUCUUGUAAAGCUGAAGAGCAUCGGCUUUUAUGUCCAUUUGAACGUGUCUCUUGCUUAAAUAGUGACUUUGGAUGUCCAUUUACCAUGGCUCGAAAUAAAGUUGCUGAACAUCUACAAACGUGUCCCGCAAGUGUGGUAUGCUGUACUAUGGAAUGGAAUCGAUGGCCAGUGAGUUAUGCAGACCGGAAAUCAUAUGAAAAUCUAAGCAGAGAUGUUGAUGAAGUGGCACAAUUAGAUAUGGCAUUGGCCCUUCAAGACCAGAGGAUGCUCUUAGAAUCUCUCAAAGUUGCCACUAUGAUGUCAAAAGCAACGGAUAAAGUAUCUGAAGCUAGAGAACAAAUACCAGUUAAAUCAAGUGUCCCUGAAAUACCACAUAGUAAUGGUUUGGUGUCUGUUGAUGAAGAAUCUUAUGGUGCACUUUAUCAAGCUACUGUAGAAACAACCAAAAGUUUGGCUGCAGCUUUAGAUAUCCUGACUACUGCCACUAGAGAUAUUAAGAUGUUAAAUGCAAGUCUUUGUGGUACCCCAGAUGAAAUAGAUGAGGAGAAACAUGCCAGAGAAAGCUUACAGGAUAGCAGCUUAAAAAGCCAGGCCCAUCUUUAUGAGGGUGAGAUGGGGGCAGUAGGUGGAAUUGACCAUAAUAGCACAAGUCAGAAUGCCCAGUUUGAACAAAAUGGUUCCAGUGAUUUAUUGUAUGACUUGAAUACAAAUUCGUAUGCCACUUCUGCUCUUUGUAAUGGUUUUUCUUUGGAAAAUACAUGUCCACAGGUUAAAGACCAAGAUCAACACAGUAACUUAACAAAUGGAGAAUGUGUGGCAUCAGAUGGUACUUCAGAACCUUCCAGUUCACUUUCAUUAGCAGCACAGCUUAGGGAAGUAAUGCCAUCCAGUGCUUUGCCUAAUGGCACAGUUCAGCAUAUCCUCAUGCCAGAUGGUGAAGAUGAAGGAGAACUGUGCUGGAGAAAAGUAGACUUAGGGGACUUGAGAAAUGUGGAUGUCUUAUCUUUCAGUCACACUCCUUCAUUCAAAUUUCUUUCUAAUUCAUGUUGGUCCAAAGCAAAGGAAGAUAAAGCAGUAGAUACGUCAGACUUGGAAGUGGUGGAGGAUCCCAUGGGCCUCCAUGGGAUAGACCUGAUUACAGCAGCCUUACUGUUUUGUUUAGGAGAUUCUCCAGGUGGGAGGGGCAUAUCUGAUAGUCGCAUGGUUGAUGUGUAUCACAUUGACUUUGGGACACAGACUUUUUCACUUCCAUCUGCAAUAUUAGCUACAAAUACAAUGGUUGGAGAAAUAGCUUCUGCUUCAGCUUGUGAUCACGCCAAUCCGCAGCUUUCAAAUCCAAGUCCUUUUCAGACACUUGGGCUGGAUUUAGUAUUGGAAUGUGUUGCUAGGUACCAACCUAAGCAGCGUUCAAUGUUUACCUUUGUGUGUGGACAGUUAUUUAGAAGAAAAGAAUUUUCUUCACAUUUUAAGAAUGUGCAUGGUGACAUUCAUGCUGGACUCAAUGGCUGGAUGGAACAGAGGUGUCCUCUAGCUUAUUAUGGUUGUACCUAUUCUCAGCGAAGAUUUUGUCCAUCAACACAAGGAGCAAAAAUUAUACAUGACCGCCAGUUGAGGUCAUUUGGAGUUCAGCCCUGUGUAUCUACAGUAUUAGUAGAACCUGCUAGAAACUGUAUGUUGGGAUUACACAGUGACCAUCUGAGCAGUCUUCCUUUUGAGGUCCUACAACAUAUUGCAGGUUUUCUUGAUGGCUUCAGUUUGUGCCAGCUCUCUUGUGUAUCCAGAUUAAUGAGGGAUGUGUGUGGCAGUCUACUUCAGUCUCGUGGAAUGGUCAUUCUGCAGUGGGGGAAAAAGAAGUAUCCAGAAGGAAAUUCAUCAUGGCAGAUAAAGGAAAAGGUAUGGCGAUUCAGUACUGCAUUUUGUUCUGUUAAUGAAUGGAAAUUUGCUGACAUCUUAAGCAUGGCGGACCACUUGAAGAAAUGCAGUUACAAUAUUGUUGAGAGACGGGAGGAAGCCAUCCCAUUGCCAUGUAUGUGUGUGACUCGAGAACUCACUAAAGAAGGACGUUCGCUACGCUCAGUUUUAAAACCUGUACUUUAAAAACUGUAACUUGUAGAUACAUGGCAAGCACCUGUUAUAAUUUCUUUGUAAUAUGUGACACUUUAUUAAUAUAUUAAAGAUUACAACUAGUUGAAUUUAUUGUCACUGUGUAUAUAUAAUGUUUUGAAGUGACAUAUAUUUUUAUAAAGUAUUGUUUAGUUGGAAAAAAGUUGCCUUAAUGUUUGAAAUGUGUGAGAUUUUUGAAACUUGCUGGACAGGGUGACAAUCUUUAGCUAUGACUUUCAGAAUUAGUAUUUUUGAUGGUGUGCAUAUUUUGUUUUUGAAAUUUUUCUUCUUAAAAUUAACAAGGUCCUGACCAAACAAUUUAUUCCUCAUGUUUCCUGUGAGUUGAAGCCCAUGCAAUCAAAAUGAAAAACUUAGAAUCAAAUUUUGGCAGCAUAGGUUUUCCAGAUAAACAUUUUCAGCUACAUAAAUACUGCCAUAAGAUCAUUAUAAAGCAUUCCCUUUUUGUGCAUAUGUGAUCCCCAGUAUAUGAAGAAUGAUUAAAAACAGGGUGAAUAUUUAAAUUAAAAACAUUUAUUAAGGUAAAAUUAUACAUUGCCAUUAUUGCUCCCUUUUGGAUCCAACCUGUCUUUAGUUGGGCUGUUAUGAGUGCCUAAACUAGUUCAAAAUGUUUACCUUUUGUGGUAAUUUUGACUUCUGAGAAGAACCAGAUGUUACAUGCUGUCAGAUCUGGUGAGUAAGGUAGGGAUGCAGUGAAGUGUAGUUUUUACGAUCUUGCCUUUCUGUUGGGUGGCAGUGCAGCAUUCACUGUAUAUUUUGAUCACCCUUUUAAAUUCACAAAAGAGAACUUGUUGAACUGCUUCAGAAAUUGGCAAGAAUGAUGAGAUAAGUAUGUUGGAAGCAAGGGGGAUUAAUGUCAAUGUGCCUUUUUUUUUUGUGGUAGCAGGAAUUGAACUCGACCCUGCACUUGCCAGGUAGGUGCUUAUUCUACUGAGCUAUCUCCCUGGCCCCUUUAUAAUGAUCUUUAAAAACUUAAGCAUUCAUUAUAUAGUUUGAUCACCCCAUAUGAAAUAUUUGUAUCACAGUAUUUAAAAUCACAUGUAAUGUUUGGUAAUGCCCUUCAAGAUGUUUUAAAAAUAAUUUACAAAGAUAUGUUCAUCAUAUGUUCUUGCAACUCUUAUACAGAGUGACUUUUU